AUGUUUGGCCUCAACAAAGACUCGGAAAGUCAGUCAAUAGAUUUCUAUCCUUCUUCAAUAUUCGAAGCCGACACCGAAGACCAUCUUCACACGAAAGCGUCAGCUAUUCGUCCCAAUCCAUUCACGUUGCCCCCCGCUUCGUCGAACGAGAUCUUCCGCUUCCAGACCAAGAUACUGGCGAGAAAGAUCCACCUCAACAUGACUUCAUCAGCUCCUAACGUGCUGGUUACCGGCUCUUCGGGUCACCUAGGGCAUGCUCUCAUGCUAGCACUCCAGUCAUACGGGUACACCCCGCUCGGAAUAGACAUCAAGCCCUCGACCAGGGCAGACACUCUGCAGGGCUCCAUCACCGACCGCUCCUUCAUCCGCGAGCUCCUCACCUUCCGGCCGACCAUAGAGCACAUCAUCCACACUGCAACCCUCCACAAACCACACAUCGGCAGCCACACGAAAGAAGACUUCAUAUCAACAAACAUAACAGGGACCCUCAUCCUCCUCGAGGCAGCCGCCCGUCACCCACACCAGGUCAAGUCCUUCGUCUUCAUCAGCACGACGUCGACCUUCGGCGCCGCCCUGAGCCCCGCGCCAGGCGAGCCCGCGGCCUGGAUCGACGAGGACGUGGCCCCCGUACCGAAGAACAUCUACGGCGCGACAAAGGUCGCCGCCGAGGACAUCUGCCGCCUCAUUCACGUGCAGACAGGCCUCCCAGCCAUCGUGCUCCGCACCAGCCGCUUCUUCCCUGAGGAAGAUGACGAUGACGCGCGAAGGGCCGCCAUGGAUGGUGAUAACCUCAAGGUCUGCGAGCUGGCGUACCGGCGCGUCGAUGUCGCCGACGUGGUGGCAGCGUGCGUGUGCGCCCUAAGCAAGGCGGCCGAGGGCGAGGUGCGCUGGGGGAGGUAUAUCAUCAGCGCACCGACGCCGUUCCAGAGGGACGAGGAGACGCUGGGGUUGCUGAACGGUGACGGUGGCGAGGAGGCCAUAGCGGCGCUGGUGGAGAGGUGUGUGUCCGGAUGCGGUGAUGUUUUUGCGCAAAAGGGUUGGAAACACCUGAGCAGGAUCGAUAGGGUAUAUGACUCUUCGAAGGCUGUGAAGGAGCUGGGUUGGGAGCCCCAAUUCACUUUUCAGGCGGUAAUUGAGAGGCUCUCUCGGGGCGAAGAUUGGCGUAGUGAACUUACAUAUGCGGUUGGCCAAAGAGGGUAUCACGAUGUUCCCACUGGAGUCUAUACGGUUGAGUAA